CAAAUACGCAACGGUGACGGUCACAUCUCCAAGCGACCCGGCUGUCCAGUCAGAAAGCGGGAGGCAGCAGCUUGUUUUGGGCCAACAUGUAAACAGAGAUUUAUUCUAAAAAACAAAACAAAAAAAAAACCAAAAAAAAAAACCGAAGAGAUCUGACUGAAUCUUUGGAAACGGCAGGGAUUUUACUCAGAGAACUGAUUUAAAAAAACAAACAGCGGAUCGUCGCUUCACCUGGUAACCGACUACGUGCUCUGAAUGAAGAAGAUGCGCUGAACUGGACGCCGUUGUCAAAGACAUAGAUGUGAUUAAAAAUAACGAUAGUAAUGAUGACAACCGCUGUCAACAUCUGUCUCCAAACGUGCCGGAGCUGAAGGCGAAGCGGAGCGCUCUCUCUCUCUCUCUCUCUCUCUGCGAGGUGCGAUGGAAGACAAAAAUGCGGCGUUUUAGAGCUUCUUCUUCUUCAGGUCAUUUGAAUCUCCAAAGCCCCUGAGUCAGGAAUUUAUCCUUCACAUCUCCCCCCCCCCCCCUUUUUUUUUUUUUUUCGUUUAUAGACUUGUUGUCUUCUGCAGCGCAGUGAGGAGGAUGGUGUUUGUCCUUCAAGUGAUUGUCAUGUCUUCGGCGUUUUUCAAUCCCAGCUUCGCUUUCAGUUCCCACUUUGAURCAGACGGGGCGCCGCUGAGCGAGCUGUCCUGGCCCUCGUCUCUGGCAGUUGUUGCCAUCUCCUUCUCCGGCCUCUUCACGUUUGUCUUCCUCAUGUUGGCUUGCCUUUGCUGCAAGAAGGGAGACAUUGGCUUUAAGGAAUUUGAAAACACAGAGGGAGAAGAGUACCAGGCAGACCUCUCCGCUCUGGCCUCGCCUUCCUCCCAGAACGGGCCCGAGGUUUACAUCCUGCCCCUCACUGAGGUCUCCCUGCCUGUCUCYAAGCAGCCAGGCAGAUCAAUACAGCUGUUGAAAUCUUCUGACAUUGGCCGCCACAGUCUGCUGUAUCUGAAAGAGAUCGGACAUGGCUGGUUUGGAAAGGUUUUGUUGGGGGAGGUCACUGCAGGCAUCAGCACCACCCAGGUGGUGGUGAAGGAGCUGAAAGCCAGCGCAAGCGUCCAGGACCAGAUCCAAUUCCUAGAAGAGGCCCAGUCAUAUCGAACCCUUCAGCAUCCUGCACUCCUGCAAUGCCUGGCGCAGUGUUCAGAGGUCACUCCCUAUCUACUGGUCAUGGAGUUUUGUCCUCUGGGAGAUCUUAAGAAUUACCUCGGCAGUUGUCGGGCUACUGACUCCGAGACUCCAGACGCCUUGAUCCUGCAGAGAAUGGCUUGUGACAUUGCUUCAGGACUCCUGCACCUACAUAAAUACAAUUUUAUCCACAGUGACCUGGCCCUGCGAAACUGCCUUCUUACAUCAGAAAUGUCUGUGAAGAUCGGCGACUACGGGCUGUCUCACAGCCGAUAUAAGGAUGACUAUUUCAUUACCCAAGACCAGAUUUGGGUGCCUCUGCGCUGGAUCGCACCAGAACUCAUAGAUGAAGUCCAUGGAAACCUGCUGGUUGUUGAUCAAACCAAAAGCAGCAACAUAUGGUCUUUGGGUGUGACUUUAUGGGAGCUGUAUGAGCUGGGAAACCAGCCGUACAGACAUUACUCUGACAGACAGGUGUUGACAUAUGCUGUGAAGGAGCAGCAGCUCAAGCUACCGAAACCUCAGCUGCAGUUCCCCUUGGAUGACCGCUGGUAUGAAGUUAUGCAGUUCUGCUGGCUGCAGCCAGAGCUCAGGCCCAGCAGUGAGGAAGUGCACCUUCUGGUCACAUACCUGUGUGCCAAAGGCUCAAGUGAAGCUGAGGAAGACUUCGAGCAACGCUGGAACGCCUUGAAACCCAAUUUGCUUGGCAGCACGUCGCACACAGCUGCAUCCGCAUCCCUGGUCUUCACUCCCACCCCUGCUGACAUCCCCAGUGCAGACCAAACUCAGGCAGCGGAGCUGGCCUCUUCUGCCUCUUCCUCCUUCCCCCUCCUGGAGCAUUUCUCUGACAGCUUUCACUCUGACACGGGGGAUGACCUCCUGACCGUCACCGAGACGAGCCAUGGACUCAAUUUCGAGUAUAAGUGGGAGCCGGCCCGAGCUGAGCAGCCUUAUUGCUCUUCCUCCACCAGCGGGCAACUGGGUCAGGAGAACCCACACUACCAGGAUAUUUACUAUUCUAACACAGGGAGUACCUCAGUGGGUUGCAAGGCUGACAGUCUGACAUCAAGCAAGUCCCCAUCCUAUUAUGAAUCAGAACACACCAGUGUGGUUCCAGUGCUGAGUGCCCACAGCCCCUCUAUCAGCAGCGAGUAUUACAUUCGUAUAGAAGAACCUGUCCAGUGCAACAUCAAGAUUGAUGAUGGCAUUGGCGACUAUUGCUCAGAACUGGAAUCUGCUACCAGAAGGUUGUCAUCCGAAAACAAAGCUAGUUUUUACUGGUCCACCACUGACAGCACCAGAUCAAAUGAUUCAAGUCCCACCAUUCAACUACACACACACCCACUGCUGAGCCCUUCGUCUAACAACAGUCCAGUAAAGUCAGGUUGCUCUUACAAUUCACUUCCGUCUUAUAGCAGUAAUGCAAUCUACUGUGAUGACUCACCUCCACCUAAUACACAGAAGCAAUCCUCUCCCCUCGAAAAGACACCAGAUAUUCAAACAAACCAUCUUCGUACAGAUGGUGCAUUAGAAAACCCACGCAGUUUAUCCCAGGCUGUCAGCAGCCCCAGUUUAGGAUUCUGCGAUCCGUACCUUGAGCCACACACAGGCCACAGCACAGUCAACGAAAGCUGCCAUAACAUGUUGGGCCCCCUCAGAAAGACGCUACCCAUUAUAAACCACUUUGAUACAGAUGUAGGAGAGGAUGACGGCGAUCUGCAAUCGGGUCGACGGAAAAGUAGAGAAGUUGAGGAUAAAACCAACUGGAUCUCAAACCGUUCAGCAAACAACAACAGCUUUGACAGCAGACACGCAGACGGUGGGAAUGACAAUUGCGAGGCUGUUCGAUCUGACACGACAGAUGCGUGGGCUUUGACCAAGGACACCACGAGAACCUUCCAAAGUUUUAAGCCUUGUGGCACCUUGGGGGGCAACGAAGAAGGCCCUGAAUGGAGUGCAUUAUGCAUGUCCGUUGGUUUAGACUCUUACAUUCAGAUAUGCCACAAAGAGUCGACUCAAGAGGAGAAGCUUGCGAGUUUGGAUAUCUUUCAAAGCAGCAAUGCUCUUAUCAGCCCAAGAAAGAAUAGCAGUGGUGCAGGUGGAGAAAAUAUUGACCCUCAGACUGAUCAAACAGGGAUCUUGUCUGAUAUGCAGAGAAGCAACAUCUGGCAGGGAGUUUCAGCUGGAACAUCUGUUGGCCUGAGUGGCUUAAGGCUGAAUUAUUCAGAGCCGUCCAAAAGCAGCAGAAACCAGCAACAUGCAGUGAACAUUAGGGACUCCAGCAGCUGCCUGGUUGAACUCGGUGACUACAGUGAGGAUGAGGAAGAUGACAUGGCCGAUAUCACAUCAGGGAUCUUUGCUGACUUCAACCUUGACCUGAGUGAGGUUGAGGAGGAGGACCUCAGCCCAAAAAAGAUUUCAGAGGUGAAUUCAGAUUCUUUGGGUGCCAUUAAUGUAGUCUCAUCUGUGGCAAGCUCCUGCGACCAGGCCUUCAGCCCUGAUCCCUACAACACACCCAUCCUGCCCAAAUCUCUGGACAGUGGCUAUGACACAGAAAAUAAUGAAUCUCCAGAGUUUAUGUUCAAAGAGCUCGGAGAUCCGCAUGGUGGUGAAAGUUGCCCUGGGUUGGGUGGAGAAUCCGAAAUUGCGCUGCAUGUUGGUUUAGGGCCAGGUGUCUGCACUUCAACAAUCACCUCAGAGCUACAUGUGAAGAGCCUUGUUGAUAAUCAAUACAGGGAUUCAGCCUACUUCUCGGACUACGACGUAGAAAGUGACAAGAGUCCCAAAGAGGAAGACAAUGGGUUCUUUGCAGAAUCGAAGAAACAUGGUUCUGACAAUACUUUUAACUCUGCAGUUGAGCAUUCUCUUGAAAGCAGUCUAAACUGUGGGAGGAAUUUAACAAACCUGAGACAACUCAAAAGUUGUGUUUUGGCAAAUCUCUCAGAGGCCAGUUCCUACGUAGGCAACAAUAUUCAUACACCCGAGUUGUCCAUGCUGUCACCAUUUCCUCCGCAGAUGGGUGGGUGCCUCACCAAAGAAGCUGCUCCUGCUGAUGACCUGGGGUUGGACACGGAACAUUCGGGGAACGAGCCUGCAUCUGAGCUGAACUCCUUCAGUGGGUCAGAACCCUCCUCUUCUCUCCUGGAAGUCUCUGCAAACCACGAAGAGGCUAGCAGGGGAGCAGAAAGCUGCUCAUCUGUCCAUUCAUCCAUCGCUCAUUGCUCCCACUCCGAAUGCAGAGAAAAACCCCGGGAAGAAAAGGAAAAUGUCGAGGAAUCCACAGAGGAGGAGGAGGUGCCUGAACAGAGUCACGUCAAUGAAGGAAACCAAAGGGAGGGUGGGAGAAUAAACGAGGAGGAUUUUGAGGACAUCGACGCAGAGGAGUGCGACAGCCUGUGUGAGGAAUCCAACGGCCCUCGGGACCUUUCCACCUCCUCGUCGCUGUUGGAGCUUUGCGGAGAAGACGUACGAGCUCCGCUGGAAGAGGCUGAGGACGAAGACGAUUCUGACGAAAGCGAGUCUGACGAAGAGCUGAGAACCUACAACAUCCAGGAUGAAGAGAGCGAGGAGAGCGAAGAGGAUUUCAGGACAGUGCCGGUGGUGGUGAGCGACUGCAGCAGGGCGAGACACCUUCGCAGCCUCCUGAAGAUGCCCUCCAUGCUUACCCAGUCCUUCUGUGAGGAGCUGGAGAGGAAGAAAAAAGCAGUGUCCUUUUUUGACGACGUGACAGUGUUUCUGUUCGACCAGGAGAGUCCCACUGGAGAACUGGCUGACUGUUCGUUUCCCACUGGAGAGGAGCCCAGCGAGCAAGAAACGUCAAACCCAGACCUCGAAGCUCAAUCCGGCGAUGCUCACUGUUUUUCUAAAGAAACAGAGGGAAACAACUCUGAAGAGGAUGAAAAUUACAAAUGGGAAGAUGAGGACUGUGUGGAGACCUGUCCACCCUCACUCGACACCUUUCCCGAUCCCGAGUCCUCACAAACCUCUAUCACAGAUACACCUGAAGUUCCGAAGCCCGUUGCUGUUCCGGUUAACCGUUUCAUGGUCUCUCGAUUCUCCAUCACACACGUAUCUGACUCCCACACAGACACAGCAACAGGGAAUACCGAAGAUAACCCAAAACACUGAGUCUUAAAGGAGAGACCACAGGAGGCGGAGACACAAAAGCAGCAUUAUUAUAUUCAAGAUGAUAUAAAGAGUUUUAUUUUUAUUAGUGUUUUGGGACAACUGAUUUCGAGAACCUUUAUGAGACAUUGCCUCAUAUUGUGGUCAGAUACUUUAUUGAUUUGCACAAACCUUUUAUUUCUUGACAUAAGUGCAAUAGCAGUACGAGAGGAAAUUUGAUUUUAAGAACUGCAGAAGGUGGACACAAAUUUAUAUAAUAUAGUUUGGGGUAAAAAAAAAAAAUCCUGUUUCUGCAGAUCUAACAUAAUUUUGCUUUAUGAAGCUGCCGUUCCUUUUUGGCAACAGUUUUUCCGCUUAAAACAUAAAUGGAAAAAUAAGCAAGGCUUCAUAGCUGCUUCUCCCAUUGGCUGCCUUUUCACAUCCGCUUGGAAACUAGUUCUGUCAACCUUAAGACUGUUAUUGAUUAUUUAAUCAAAAGCAGAAAACUGUACUUGACAGUUUCUUCAUAGAAAGCCAUAAAAGUUGGGGGGUAUUUUAAAUUGAAAUCACAUAAUAUUCACUUCGUGGCACUUUGAGCGAAAAUUCAACCGAUUGACGCGUAAACGCCCAAGUCACCAUUAUCAGUCCUUUUGGUUUACAUUUCACUUUGUGUAGCCUUAGCUACUCUUCAUCUCCCCAAACUGGAACAAAAUGGGCAACCACAAGAUAUUCUGUUUUCAUUCACUGUGCCAGCUGCAGGUUUGUUUACUCGUUUAUAUUUUUUUCCUUUUUGUUUUCUUAAUAGAAUCGGAUGGAUUGAGAGGUGUUUCCACAGAACUUUGUGGUGUCACUGUAAACAUCCCAGUCAUAAAUGUGGAAUGUCACUUGUCAUGUUAAUUUAUCUUUUCUAAGAAAAUGAGUAAAAAAAAUGUCUUGUAUACAAAUGAGCUGUUACACUUUUGGUGAAUGCCUGAGCCUGAGGUGAAACCAAGACAUUCAGAAAAGGACAUAUCUGGUAUAUUGUAUGAAUAUUAUAUCAACAUGUAGCAGGUAGCUUGAGUAUUAUUAUUAAUGCUGUAUCAACUGCUGUAUUCCCUCCCUUUCUGUCCUCCUGUAGCUCCAAGAUUCAAUGCCUUUCCCUCUCACUUUGCCUUUUAAGUUGUGCAAGUUUAAGAAAAAUGUUACCAGUAUUUUUGUAUGAGCAUUUCAAAAAUGCAAUUCAGGACGAGCGUUUAUUGAAUUCGCCAAAGAAAAUUUGCAAAGCCCAUUGGCUUUUAAGUGGCAGACGCCUAUGGGGAAGGUGAGGUUGCUCUAUGCACCAGAAGUGACAUUUUGCGGUUUCCAUUCGUUUCUCAGUAAUCGCUGUUGUACUCUCCACCCCCCUCCAAAAAUAUGAAUAAAUCCAAGUACGUUUUCCCCCUU